AUGGUUCAAAAUCCCUUUGUUUGCUGUCUUACAUGCACUUUUUGGCUGCCAGUCACGUAUUUUGUUGCAGUUUCGAAGGACCAUAUAUCAGCCUUUGUCCCAUAUGUUAGUGCUCUUGGUAUAUAUCCACCGGAGAAAUAUAUGUUCAUGGGGUUGAUGUCAACUUAUGGAGUUAUGGCUACAUUUAGUCAAUGGAUUUGGUUUUGGAAGGCUGGUUUCGAAGUCAGAAAGAGAAUGAAGUCAAAAAUUCCUCAUUUGGUGCUAAUAAUUUGUGUCUUAUUUAUGACGGCAGCUGGAGUUUGCAUAGUUGGACUUUCUUUUAUUAAUACAAAGGAAAACAAUGCUGUGCAUUAUCGUCUAACCUUGAGCAAUUUUAUUUGUCACGUCACUGCGAUUCCACUAGGAGCUCUCAUUAUUGUCUUCAUCUCAGAUAAAUGGUUGAUAUUCUCGUUUGGCCGACUAUGUGUUGUUCUUCAGAUGAUUCUGGCAUCCGCUUCGUUUGUACACUUCAACAAAAUCGGUCUUCAAGUUUUGCGUGCUAAAGAUUUCUUCUACAUUAAAAGUUAUGAACCUGGUUAUGAGGAGUUUAAAUGGAGUGCAGUCAGUGAAUGGUUUGUUGUCUUCGGUUGUGUGGAGAUAACAUUUAUAACAGCCAUGGAGCUCCGUGAAUUUGACCGAUCAGAUGUUGUAUGA